GAUUGGCUAAAGUUUAAUAAGAUUGCAUUUUCAGCCAAUCAGAGAACUUGAGUGGGCCGGUGUUUAGCGCACGUGUAAAGUGCCCGGUAGUAGAUACAGCAUAGCGAGAGAUGUGAGGAGGAAAACGGAAUGGAAACUUCCAAAUGGAAGUUCAGAGACUACUUUAACCUCGUUGAUGUCAAAGUUCGAAAUUGUGACCAAGAUUGUGACACCCCCCCGUCUGUUGACAUCUGAUUUAAAAGUGUUCCCUCUGCAGCUAUCAUCAGUUUCGUCCAUCUGCUCCCACCAGCUCACUCCUGACAACCGCAAGGCAGUCGUUGCCAUGGAGAGGACAACGACCGCACGACCUCGGCUAAUUAAAUUUAGACUUCCUGUUCCUUCCAGGUCUUUGUUCCUGUUCCUGAAGCUAACUGGGCCAUCUGUGUUAGAAGCACAUGAAUUCUGCAGAGUAAGAAUUUGCUCCCAAAUGACUAUGCAUCUCACAUCGCUGCUCUUGCUGGUGGCUCUAACAGGCGUUGCCAGAGGAUGCAGCCCUGGAUGCAACACUGAGAAUGGAUUUUGUGAGAAGACAGGCAAAUGCAGAUGCAAACCAGGCUGGCAAGGAGACGACUGCCAGCACUGCAUCCCAUUCCCAGGUUGCUUGCACGGUUCCUGCGAGAAAGCGUGGCAGUGUAUCUGUCAGGAGGGCUGGGUGGGCAGCCUGUGUGACCAUGAUACCCGCCUGUGCUCAUCCAGGCCUUGUUCUGGGAAUGCCACCUGCAUAGAGACCGGAGAGGGGGGUUACCUUUGUGUCUGCCCCCAUGGAUAUACUGGUCCAACGUGUCAACUGAAGAGGAACCUCUGCCGCAUUAAUGGCUCUCCUUGUCAGAACGGAGGCACAUGUAAGGACACGGAUGACCCCUCGGAAGUCCACUUUUCCUGUUUAUGUCCCCCUGGAUUUUCUGGAGACUUCUGCGAGGUACGCAUUGACAGCUGCCAAUCCAACCAGUGUCUGAACGGCGGCAACUGCACAAACCACGGUGCGACCUUCACAUGUUCCUGCCCACCAGGCUUCGCCGGUUUAACUUGUAACGACACUGCCGGCCUCUCGCCGUGCAGCAGCAGGCCUUGCUCUAACAGGGCCACGUGCCUGGACCAAACUGAUGGAACGUUCCGGUGCGUUUGUCCCAAAUGGUUUUCAGGUCAGCUGUGUUCCCAGCAGCACAAACCAAAAUCCAAGCCCAAGCAGGCCAGCAUCAAGCCCGUGAACCAUAGAGUGUUUGCGCUAACUCCACAGCACUACUCCCUCCCUGCCCACGCCUUCCACAAACUCCUCCAACCGCCUGAUAGGGACCUGCUCAAGAUCACAUUGAAGGAGACGGUCCACCACUCCCCGGGAGUCCUGUCCACGCACGGUCAGCUGGUCUGCUUCGGCAUGCUGGCCCUGCUCACCUGCUUGGUCAUCCUGCUCACAACCGGCAUCGUGCUGUUCGGCCGAUGCGAGGCGUGGAUGGCAAACGCUAAAUAUAGAAAGCUUGUACGACAGCAGCGUGAGCACCUGCUGAGGGAGGUGGGCGGAGCUAGCCAGGAGGAGGCAGAGCACUCGGUGAACAUUAUCCUGCCAGAGAAGAUCCGACUGAACAGCUUUGGAAAGCACUACACCUCCAUCUGACAUGUUGAUGGAGUUACUCGUGAGUGUCUUAUGGAAAGUAGCAGGAGCGGACAUUAGUGAUGUACAUUGGAAGUUGAUUGUAUACUUUUUCAUGUGUGAUAAUAUGAAACAUGUUCUACCAAAUAACAAUGUGGUAUUUUGUCAUGUGACUAUAAUAGCUCAGCUGGCCAACAGUCAUUUAGUUAAUAUAUGCAACACUUUUUAGGACUGUUAUGCAUUUUAUAAACAGUACAUUUUUUUCCUUUUUGAUGCAAAAACACUCCUGUACAAUUUGAUGUCAUCCAAUACAAGAUCUGUAUUUAUAACCAUAAUCAUAACCAUAAAUAAACACAAUCUUUUUCCAGCUUCAUCUGCUGGAUUUGGUGUGUCAUUGCACCACUUUUCCUAAAAGCAUUUGGACUAUAACAGCAAAAAGAUUUGUGUGAUUUCAUGGAAAUCAAAGAUUGUGCAGUUUUUGCAUACGACUAACUUACUAAAAAUUACAAAAAGACAAUAAUGCUCAAUUUUGAUUAACAUUAUCGGAGUGGUCUUAAUUUAACAUUCCUUAUUGUGCUUGCGUUUGUGAAGCCAAACUGCAGUAUAAAUUAUUUAUAUUUAUUAUUAUUAGUAGUAGUAUUAUUUGUGUAUUUAAUUAUAAUUCAAAUGGCUUUUGUUGUACAAGGCUAGUAUUGGAUUUUGUUGAAUUGUGCAGGUUAUAUUUGUGGUAAAAUAUGGAUUUCAUUUAAAAUGUUCUACGUUAAACAAGCUAUAAAUAUUAAGAAUGUUGUAAAAAAAAAAAAAAAAAAGCUCUGUGUACCUGCAGGUGACUUGAGACAAAUUCCACUGAUUGAUUGCAAUUCUCCUUCUGUUUGCUAUUUCCUAAUGUGUUUUGUACACUUAAAUAAAUACACAUUUUGUCAUAGCUUCCAUAAAGAUAAUUUAUCUUUCUCUGUCCUCCCUUUAUUGAUCAGUCUGGGUCUCAUUUGACGUUUCUCUAAGAUUCUGUCCAUAUUUGCUGAGCUGUAAAAUCAGGUUUGUAUAGAAGCAGUAAGUGUACUUCAGGCACUCCUCCGGGUGCAGGAAAAAAUGAUUUAUGUAUUGUAAAUAUGCUGAUGCUGAGGUUCAUUUGUGAUGCAGUCACACAUGGAGCGUAGCGCGUGAAAAAUAUUCACAUUUCUUAGCAGGUGACAGGUUAUGUUUUCUUUUUUUGAAGCGUUUUCCUCCAUUUUGUAUCUAAGUGACAGGCUCAGGUAUUGACUUAUUAGGUCUUUAUCACAAUCACUAAACAGCAAACAACAUGAAACAUUAUUAUUACAUUAUUAAAUUGAUAUAUAUAUAAAUUAGAAUAACAAUUUAAUCUUAUUCUAUAAUAUUGUGAAAGAUUAACUAUGUAAUUAGGACAAUACAUGUGCAAAUAAAUAAAAAAAACACUUAUUCCUAGUAAUAAAUAAGUACAAGUACAUUCCCAUAAUGCAGAUUUUUGUUUAAGUUGUGACAAUAAAGGGAGUUUUUUUUAAUGCAUUAGUGCUAUGAAAGUAAUAUUUAACCCAAAUAUAUACAGAUUUAUUAUGUUUGUUGAAUUAUUAAACACCACCUACUGUAUUAAAGGAGUUCAUCAAUGUUAUGCUUUUAUUGCA